GGUUGGUUGAACAAAAUGGCAACAUAUGGAGAGGAGCCAGUGGACAGCUAUUUCUACUCCUCUUAUAAUCCUUACAGACACGUCAGGCCGAGAGAGCCUGGCUGGAAGUAUAAGACUUAUCUCUCCCAGUACGGAGACACUUCUGACGCCUUCAACAACCAGCAGCGCGCGCAGCUCAAGUCCAUUUUAUCCCAGAUCAACCCCAAACUCACCCCGAGGCUGAGGAAGGCCAACACCAAGGAUGUGGCGGUGCAGGUCAACCCCAAGAAGGACUCCUCGGUGCAGUGCUCCAUCGGGCCCCGGACCCUGCAGGCCAUGAAGCGGGACUUCCAGCGCAAGAGGCCGCAGGAGCCCGAGACGCCCGGCAGCCCCAAGGCGGCGGGCGGCGUGCGCUACCCGCGCACCCUGGCCGUGUACUCCCCCAUAGCCUACCGGAGCGUCACGUCCUUCCUGGUGGAAGACGGCGACGGGAAACCGGAGUCCUCGGACCCGGUUCGGUCCACAGCAGAGCCACCGGCUGGGGAGCAGACCGAGUCCUCGCAGACCUCCGCCGAGGAGGAGAAGAAGGAGGAGACCGAGGAGACCAAGAAGGUCCAAAACAAGAAGUCCAAACCGCUGAAGAGCGAAGAAGCGCUGCAGACAGAGGCCAUCAAAGGCAAGGCCCGCGUGCGCUUCCAGUUCCUGGAACAGAAGUAUGGAUAUUAUCACUGCAGGGAGUGUAACCUGCGAUGGGAGAGUGCUUACGUGUGGUGUGUUCAGGGUACAAACAAGGUCUACUUUAAGCAGUUCUGCAGGAAAUGCCAGAAAAGCUUCAACCCGUACCGUGUUGAGGACAUCACGUGCCAUACCUGUAACAAAGCCCGCUGCUCCUGCGCCCUGACACAGCGCCACGUUGACCCCAAGCGACCCCACAGACAGGAUCUGUGUGGCAGAUGCAAAGGCAAGCGGCUGUCGUGCGACAGCACCUUCAGCUUCAAAUACAUCAUCUGAGCCUCGUCCCGGCUGAACUCUGCCUCAGACCCGAUCCGUCGGUGCUGCUGGCCUCAGCUCAGCAGCUGCACUCGUGUCCUCUGAGGUGAAGCACAGGUUUUUUUUGAUGAUAAGAACUUCAUUUUUUUUCAGGCCUGUUUUUGUGUUGAGUCUUGUUGGCACAUAAUAAAUGGCUUCCCUGCA